AUUGUUCUCGAGGAGCUGUCAUCAAAAGCUUCUCGCUUUUCGUAAAUUUGAAGGCUCCCCAAUUUACCAUUCUUAUUUAAUCAAUCAUUUCUUUUUUGGAAAUUAAUUUGGUGGAACAAGUUUCGAUUUUUAGAACCUUUUUUGAGGCUAUAAAUAAGGCUUUCUGAUCCCAAGUUUUCUUGUGUGUAAGUAAGAGAUCAAACUCGCUACGCGUUUUUAUCUGAUUGUUCUCUCGAAUUCUCAAUCAGGUUUUUGAGUUGAAAAGGCGAGAUCUGAGCAAUGGCGGCAAAUUCAUCAAAUGGUGAACAACAGACAACCUCAAAGCCACCACCUUUGCCAUCUCCAUUGCGCUUUUCUAAGUUUUUUCAGUCCAACAUGAGGAUUUUGGUAACUGGUGGAGCUGGUUUUAUUGGUUCUCACUUAGUGGACAAAUUGAUGGAAAAUGAGAAAAAUGAGGUGAUUGUUGUUGAUAACUACUUCACUGGAUCAAAAGACAACCUUAGGAAGUGGAUUGGCCAUCCAAGAUUUGAGCUUAUUCGUCAUGAUGUUACUGAGCCAUUGUUGAUUGAAGUUGAUCAGAUUUACCAUCUUGCAUGCCCAGCUUCUCCAAUUUUCUACAAAUACAAUCCUGUGAAGACAAUAAAGACAAAUGUGAUUGGCACACUGAACAUGCUGGGACUUGCCAAGCGAGUGGGAGCAAGGAUCUUGCUCACAUCAACUUCAGAGGUAUAUGGAGAUCCUCUAAUCCAUCCACAACCUGAAACAUACUGGGGUAAUGUCAACCCAAUUGGGGUUCGGAGCUGCUAUGAUGAAGGGAAGCGUGUGGCUGAGACCCUGAUGUUUGAUUACCAUAGGCAGCAUGGGAUUGAGAUACGAAUUGCUAGGAUCUUCAACACGUAUGGGCCACGCAUGAACAUCGAUGAUGGACGUGUUGUCAGCAAUUUCAUAGCUCAAGCACUUCGUGGUGAACCACUGACAGUUCAAAAGCCUGGGACGCAAACUCGCAGUUUCUGUUAUGUCUCUGACAUGGUUGAUGGCCUCAUUCGUCUCAUGGAGGGGGAGAACACUGGUCCAAUCAAUAUUGGGAACCCAGGUGAAUUUACCAUGCUUGAGCUUGCUGAGACAGUUAAGGAGCUUAUUAAUCCUGAGGUGGAGAUAAAGACGGUGGAGAACACUCCAGAUGAUCCACGACAGAGAAAACCAGACAUUGCAAAGGCAAAGGAAUUGCUAGGCUGGGAGCCCAAAGUCAAGUUGCGGGAUGGUCUCCUACUCAUGGAGGAGGAUUUCCGAUUGAGGCUAGGAGUCUCCAAAAAGAAGUGAAUGAAUUAUAUAUAAGGUGGAAUUUUCAAUGGCAGAUUCAGCCCUUGUGGUGGGAAUAUUUCUCAUUUAUACUCUCCCCUUGCCUCAUAUUGUUCUUUUAUCAUAUCAUAGCAAAAUAAUCCAUAACCAUAGAAUGUGAGGUGAGAAUUUGUGAAACUUAUUGAAUUUCGGCAGUCCUUAUAGUGAACAUAGAUGGUCUUGUUGCCGUUAAUUUUGUUUGCUACAGCAAUUAAUAAAAGUUUGAUGAUUCUCUUUAGCG